AUGGCGUCCUACAAACAGAAUCUGCCGCCAUCGGCAUUGCUGAAACAACAAGUUGCACUUGAUGGAGAUAAACGAUCAAAACAUGAAGCAAGAAGAGAUCGACAACUUGAAGAAGAUCGAAAAGCUGGAACAGCUCCUGCAAUGGUUGAUGUUGAAACUGGUCGAGAUAUUAAUCCACAUAUUCCGAUGUUCAUUUCUCAAAAUCCGUGGUAUGUUCCAUCAGAUGGUCCAACUUUGAAACAUCAACGACCACAUGAAGAAAGGCAGAAAGAAUAUUCAAAAAUCAGUGAUUGGUAUCAAAAGGGAACAACUGGUAAAAAAGCAACGAAAUUUAGAAAAGGAGCAUGUGAGAAUUGUGGAGCAAUGGGACAUAAAAAGAGAGAUUGUUUUGAUAGACCAAGAAAACUUGGAGCAAAGUAAGUUUUUUUUAAUCAAAAACAAAAACAAAACAUUCAUCUAUAAUUUUUCAGAGAAACUGGAGAAGACAUCGCUGAAGAUGAUUUUGUGCAACCAAAAUUAAAAAUGGGUUUCGAUGCAAAACGUGAUCGAUGGAAUGGUUAUGAUCCAUCAACACACAAAGAAGUUAUUGAAGAUUAUGAAAGAUUAGAAGAAGCCAGAAAAAUUGUGAAAGAACAAAAAUUGAAAGAAGGAGAAGUUGAAGAAGAAGAAGAAGAAACUGUUGAACAAGUUGGACCAGAAGAAGAUGAAGAUAAAUAUGCUGAAGAUGCUGAUAUGGCUGGAGUAUCUGUUGAUAUGGAUUCAAGAACUCGAAUUACUGUUAGAAAUUUGAGAAUUCGUGAAGACACUGCUAAAUAUCUAUAUAAUCUUGCUGAAAAUUCACCAUAUUAUGAUCCAAAAUCUCGAUCGAUGAGAGAAAAUCCAUUUGCUGGAGUUGCUGGAAAAGAAUUAGAAGCUGCACGAUUUUCGGGUGAUAAUUUUGUGAGGUAAGUCAAAUAUUUAUUUAUUUCUUGUUAAAUUUUGGACACAUUUGAACGUUUUCUUCUUGUCCAUAAUGGUGGAAUUUGUCCGCCUAAUCCAAGUAUCGAAAAUUUUCCAUGUGGACCUUUUGGACCAUAUUCAUACAAUUCUAGAAUAUAUGAUAGAAAGUCGUUAACUUUGUAAGGGUUUGUACCAUAUCCAUCUCCUUUCUGUUGAGCCACAUUCAGAACUUUAACUUUAUUUUUAUUUGCCACAAUUUUUGAGUGUUCUUUUCCGUCGUUAUCCUAGAAAAUAAUUAUUUUUCAAAUAUUUCAAUUUGUUACCUACAUAAAUUUUGGCCACUUCGCCUAAAUCUUUCAAAUAUCUUCCAUCUGGAAGUUGUCUAUGAAAAUCCACAACAGCACUUGAACAAUAUUUGAUCAAUAGUAAGAUGUAUAUUAUUUUUAGCAUCAUUUUUGAAAUUAAAAAUGGAAUGUUUGAUAAUUCAUUUUUUUAAUUUAAUUUGUUUUUAGUUCACGUUUAAAAUAAAAUUUUGCAGAUAUUCGGGUGAAGUGACUGCUGCAAAUGAGGCACAAUUAUUUGCUUGGCAAGCAUCGAGAAAAGGAGUUUAUGCACAUUCGAUUGCAGAACCAACAAAAUUAGAAGCUCUUAAAAAAGAGUAUGAAAAUGAGAAAACACAAAUCAAAGAUGAAACGAAGAAGGAAUUAUUGGAUAAAUAUGGAGGAGGUGAACAUUUGGAAAGACCGCCUGAAGAAUUGCUUCUUGCACAAACUGAAAGUUAUGUUGAAUAUAAUCGAAAAGGUAAAAUCAUCAAAGGAAAAGAGAAGGCGGCAGUCAGCAGUCGAUUCAAAGAAGACGAUUAUCCACAAAAUCACACGUCGGUAUACGGUAGUUUUUGGCGCGACGGACAAUGGGGAUAUAAAUGUUGUCAUCAAUUUGUCAAAAAUAGCUAUUGUACUGGCGAAGAUGGAAUAAAAGCGGAAAUUGGUUCGGCGCACGGAAAAAAUACGGCCAAGGAGGAGAUUUUUGUCAAAAAAGAUAAUGCUGUCGUGAAAAAUGUGGAGGCUCAAAAUGAAAAGGGUAAGAAUAAUAAGAAAAACAAUUUCCGAUGUACUUGUACUAGUCCUCUUUUUUUUGUUUGAUAGCCAAAAUAAUAUUUUCGUAGAAAAUGAGAAUUUUUUACGAGAAUAGUAUAAUUUUAAUCCCCAUCCUUCGUUUCCGAAAAAAAUUGUUUUUUUUUUCAAUUUUUUAUUUUUCAGAAAAAGAAGAAAUGAAGGCGGAGGAGGAGGAAAAAGAGGGCGAAUCGUCGUCAUCAUCUAGUUCUUCUUCUUCAUCUUCUGAAUCGUCGGAUGAUUCUUCGGAAGAUGAAAGAGAAAAAGAGAGACGUGAAAGAGAGCAGAGACGACGAGAGAAACGAAAAGAAAAGAGAGAUCGAAAAAAGAAGAAGUUGGGAAAAAGAAAGAGAAAGCAUAGAGAUUCAGAGGAAGAGAAAGAAUCAGACAGCGAAAGUGGGUCAGAAAGUGAAGACGAUUUGGAAAAAGAAGUUCAAAAGGCUAAAAAGGCCAGACUUGAUGGAAUUAAAGCGGUUAAAGAAGUAAGGAUUUAAUGAAAACUUCAUCAGAGAUUAAAUUAAAACUUUUCAGGGCGAUAGAGGUCGUAAGUACAACACAGAUUAUAACAAUAAAGCGCCGACUGAAAAAGAAUUAGAAGCCUAUAAAUUGACAAAUGUUCAUUCCGCUGAUCCAAUGGCGGCUUUUAUCAAUAAGAAAUUCGAGAAACAAUAA